AUGGUUAACGCCGUUGAUGCAGGCAUGCCUCCUCCCAUACCCGCUCCCACUUCAGUCACUCCAGCCACCGCUCCGGCCCCCCCCACUUCAGGCUCAAAUGUACCUGCUAAGCCCGUCCAUUUCGUCGAAACAUAUGUUGGCGGCUUCCUCUUCAACAGCCUCGACCAAAUCCGCCACCUGCUUAUUGAUUACUACGGCGUUCCCGCGUCCGCAGUCGAUGAGAUGGGUCCCCUCGACAUGUCGUCCAUCUAUUACAACGAACACAUAGCGUUCGACAGCCCCGACUUCAUACACGUCCCGUACCGCUUCCCGGACUCUCCUGACGUGGAUCGAGAAGGCUGGCUCCUCCCUUGCCGGCUCGCGUUCGUUCUCCUCGGCCGCACGCCACCUAAGCUCGACUUCGACCAUCACGUCGAAGCGUAUGCGGAGAAGUGGUUUCCGAAGGCGUUGAGGGAAACGGAACCCUUCAAGGGGAUCAGGUACAUCAUGAUCCCGUAUCCUAAGGAGCCCUACCGUACGCAUCAUACUCUCCUUGAAGACUGGACGUCCGGAUCUGACAAUAAGUUGCUCUUAGCAUCCCCGUUUUUGCGCCGAAAGUUGAACGAACACACUCAGGAAGGCUGCGACAGGGCUAUCCUUCGCCUUGUUAAGUGGGCUCAAAAGGAGGAGGAGGCAGGAAGAGUUGUCAACGACUCAGAUAUCUGGAAUGGAGCGUAUCACAGCGAAUUUGAUCGAGAAGUCUUCGUAACCCACUACAACAGCCAUCGCGGCAGCGGCCCCAUUCAAAGAGCAUGA